GAAAAUCAAACCGAAUCGCAACGUUUGCCCAGUAGUGUUCAGACGAAAAUUUGAAUCGCGCGCGCGCCCGUGUUGUGUUGAAAUAGUUUUUGUGAUAUCUUCAGUUUUUAUCAUUUUCUUCGAAGAUUUUCCCACCCACGCUCUGAACGAUGUCAACGUUCGAUUGGGACGGUCCUGUCAGCAUAGUAGCGUACGUCGUCUCAGGGAUAGCGAUAUUCCUGUCUCUAUUCAAGUAUUACCUAUACAUCACCUGUGGAAAAAUCACAUCCAGUAGAAACAUGGAAGGCAAAACCGUCAUCGUAACCGGAGCCAACUCCGGUAUCGGCAAGGAAACUGCGCGGGAUCUGGCCAAACGGGGAGCUCGCGUCAUUAUGGCUUGCCGCAACAUGAAAACUGCUCAGCAAGCUCGUGAUGAAUUCAUUGCCGAAUCCAAAAACAAAAACAUCAUUAUCAAACACGUCGACAUGAGUUCCUUGGCAUCGGUUCGCAUCUUCGCCCAGGACAUCAUCACUACGGAAUCAGUCGUUGAUGUCCUCAUCCAUAACGCAGGUGUUGCCCAGGGUCUCAAAACCAUGGUCACCUCCGAUGGGUUGGAGUUCACCUUGGCUAUCAACUACUAUGGCCCGUUCCUGCUGACGCACUUGCUCAUCGACCUCCUGAAGAAAUCCGACCAAGGACGAAUUGUGGUCGUUUCCUCCAAGCUCUACCGCUACGCCAGAAUGAAGCAAGAUCUGAGCAAUAUCAACCCCACGAAUACUCUGUUCCCGACCAAGCUGUACAAUCUGUCCAAGUUUAUGGAAAUCAUGUUCACCCAGGAAUUGGCUCGACGGCUGCAGGGAACCCGCGUCACAGCCAACUGUCUCCAUCCGGGAGUGAUCGAUACCGGAAUCUGGCGUAACAUCCCGUUCCCGUUGAAUAUGCUGUUCAAACCGAUUCAAUGGUGUCUGCGUACGCCGGAGGAAGGUGCCCGAACUACGCUGUACUUGACGGUGUCACCAGAGGUGGAAUCGAUCAGCGGAAAGUACUUCCGUGGCUGCAAGCUAACGGAAAUCAAUGACCAUGUACAGAACAAGGAGCUUCAGGGUAAACUGUGGGAGGCUUCCAAGCCACUGGUAAAGCUGACCGAAUAUGAUCCAAAGAUUUGAGUGACAUUUUAUGUGGAGCAGAAAUGACAUUUAUAGGCGACGGGUUCGCCAGUCUGGUGGUUACAUUUCCCGGCACAUCCAUGAAAGUUCUGUACCUUUUCUAUUCUUGACGUAAAAAUCAUCCCUUUUUUAUGACCUCAACCCCAUUUUGAUCCCACCACUUGUUCAGUGCAAAUGUCAUGGAGGAGAUUGUACUCAGCACGUACUCAGUAUAACUAAUUGAAUGUAUACUUAAGUCAUGUUAUUAGAAUAAAAUAGUUGACAGCUGGUAGCAGGUCGAGC